AUGGCCGCCCGCCGUCGAUUGAUCUCCUCGAGCAUUCUCCCUGUUUUCGUCUGCCUCGUCGCGUCGGAAGCUUUGCUUCUCACGGCAGCCCACAGCGCAUCCGUUCCUUUGACAUGCGAAAGCGUACGAUUUCAGCGCAUCGAUUGGCGUCACACGCGUCAGCGAGGAGCCUCCGUAGACGAGUUCUCUGUGUCACACGCGCAGUUACGAGUUGAUUCGUCAGCUGUCGCCCUGCGCGACCAGCGACGCAUCAAGGGUCAAACGGGCGAGACUCUCUUUCUUCUUCCUUCCCGUCUGUCCCCUCGUCUCUCCUGUCCGUCAUUUCUUCGUUACCGUUCCAAACCGUCGUUUCUCGCAGGCGAUGCGGCAGGUGACACACCAGCGGGCGCGGGUGCUUACGGGUCGCUACUACACGCCACGGCCAGUAUACCGCGACGUUUCCUAGGCAGCAGCGGAGGCAGCAGCCCGCUCGCGAGCGUGCCGGUGCUCGCAGCGCUAGUGGCAGCGGCGGCGUGCCUCGCGCUCAUCGCGGGGAUCAUCUUGUGGAGCCUGUGCGCUCCGCGGAAACCGGCAUGCGCGGAGAAGCGCAAGGCGCAGAAGCUCGCGCUGCUGCCGGUGCUGCAAGCCACGUCGGAUUUCAACGCGUCGCUCAAGGUGGGCGCGGGGGAUUUCGGCGAGGCGUACGCGUGUGUGGGGCCCAAGGGGGAGGACUGGCUCGUCGUGCGCGGAACGUCCUCCGCCGAGAACGGCCGCGCGUUCCGCCGAGAGGUGUGCGCGCGGGGAGGGCGGGGAAAAAUUAAAAGGGGUGGAGCGUCUGAGCGACAUGCCCCAUCCGGCGAUCGCGCAGCUCCUCGGAUCGUGCGACGAUUGGUGCGAGCGGCUGCUGGUCUACGCCAUGCGCCAAGACGUCACGCUCGCGGACCGCCUAUCCCUUCCCCACCCCCCACCUCCGCAUCUCCCAUCCCCCACUUCCGCAUCUCCCAUCCCCCACUUCCGCAUCUCCCAUCCCCCACUUCCGCAUCUCCCAUCCCCCACUUCCGCAUCUCCCAUCCCCCACCUCCGCAUCUCCCAUUCCCUCAGGUGGACAGACUGAGCGACGUGUCCCACCCGGCUAUUGCCCAGCUGCUGGGGUGGUGCGACGACCGGCGCGAGCGGCUGUUGAUCUACGCCAUGCGCCAGGGCGUCACCCUCGCGGAGCGCCUGCGCCUGCAGCGCGAGGAGCGCGGCGGGGAGGAUGACGGCGGCGGGCGCGCAAUGACGUUUCUGGAGCGCCUGGACGUGGCGAUCGCCGUGGCGGAGGCAUUAGCUUACAUGCACCGGGACUGCCAACCGCAGCUGCUGCACCGCGAGGUCUGCUCCAGCAACGUGCUGCUGCUGCCAGGAUCGCCCGCGGCCAUGCUAACGAGUGUUGGGCUAAUCAAAGGCCUACCCUCCGCCCCAACGGCAAAGCGGGUGCGCAACAGUGCGGGGUACCUGGACCCCGACUACUUCCACUCUCUGCGCGCCACCGCCGCCACCGACGUCUACUCCUUCGGCGUUGUGCUGCUAGAGCUGCUCACGGGGCAGCUUGCCGAAUCCCACGACUCCAAAAAGGCGUCGCGGAAAUCGUAUAUCAACAUCCAGUGGGCGGUUCGGCAUAUCAACGCUUCGGAUGUCUCGGCCGUUGUGGACCCUCGGAUGGAUCACGGAGUUCCCGAGGCCGCGAUCAAGCGGUUCGCAGGUGUCGCGGUGCUGUGCGUGGCGCGGCACACGCGCAAGCGCCCCGAUUCUGCCUCCGUGCUCCGGUUCCUAAACGAGAUCCGCACCGACGUGGCCCCGUCUCUCCUCUCCUCUGCUCUCUCCAUCUCCCGUUCCCCCUCCUCCGCCCCUUCUUCGACUAUUUCCGCGCUCUCUGCUGCUUCUGGCGCCACGCCUAUCUCUGCCUCCAUUGGUGCUGUCCCCGGAAAGCCUGUCUCGAUAGUGGAUAUAGGCGAGGACGAAUACGCGGAGGACUCGCGAUUAGAAGUCGCACCACUGUACGAAUCCCAGUUUUCCUACUACGACCUGGUUGAGGCGACUAAGGGGUUCAGCAGGAAGAGGUGGAUGCGGAGGAGCUACCUGGGGGAGGUGUAUCAGGGCACGCUGGGCGCGGGGAGCGAUGUCAUGGUGGUGCGGCAGAGUGGGAGUGGCGGGGAGGCUUGGGUGAACCAGACCGUUGCUGGCGCCAAGGCGCUAGCUAAGGUGCAUCAUCCGGACCUGACGACGAUGCUGGGGUGCAGCAUCGGCCCGGACUACUGCGUGCUGGUCUUCAACUACAUCCCCUUCCCCUCGCUCUCGCACCUCCUGCACACCGAUGACGAAGCAGUCCCGGUCCUGCCAUGGGAGGUACGAGUACGAGUGGUAGAGGGCGUAGCUGAGGGGCUGCUGCAUCUGCACUCCUUCUGCCACCCGCCCAUCGUGCACGGUCGUGUGAGCUCACGAGCUGUCCUCAUGGACCGCCAUGUGUCGCCCAAGCUCUCCGACUUUGGCAUGCCCCACUUCACCCCGCAUGCCCCUUCUUGUGUCGCCGCCGCCGCUGCUGGUGCUGCCGCUGGUGCAGCUUCUGGUGCUGGUGCUGCUGCUGGUGGUGGUGCUGCUGGUGGUGGGAGGAAUGGGAGUGGGAGCACAGAAGAGCGGUGUGCAGAAGACAUAUACCUUGAUGCGUAUGCUGCCCCAGAGCUCCUCCCCUCCACGUCCCCCAAGUCUCGCAGCCCCUUCGCCAACUCAUCCCCUACUGCCGCCGCUACAGCCAGCCCUGCUACAGCCAGCAAGGGGCGGGGGAGCAUGGAAGCAGCAGACGUGUUUGCAUUCGGAGUGGUGGUGUUUGAGAUCAUAUCGGGGCAGCACCCGCACGAUCCACGCCGCAUGCCAGCCUCGCUCGUUGAAUGGGCGAGGCAGAAGCUGUGGGUGGGGCGGGACAACCUGGUCGCGCUGGUGGACCCGCGACUGGCAGAGGAGUUUGACCCCCAUGAGGUGGAGGGGUUGGCAGAGCUGGCUCUUCGGUGCACUCAGACAAAUCCGUCCAAGAGACCUUCAAUGGAACAGGUCGUGGAGACACUCGGAUCCCUCAUGCCAUAA